GAAAUUCUGGGCCGUCGUGUGCACGUGGAACGCGAGACCUUUGCGCUUCGUGUCUUCGCCCCCUUGGCCGAAAGGGCAGCGACUGCUGAGACUGUGCAGGCGCUUGCGUCUCUGUGCACGAAGCAAACGAUCGAACUGCCAGCUGACUGCGAUUGGAAUAUCAUCAAGGAGCUGCAGACAUCGGAGAAAGUCACGAUGAAGGUGGAAGGGAACCGGGUGGAGUUGAUUGGCAUCGUGGCGGCCGUGGAGCAGGCGACAAAGGAUCUGAAGAAGCGACUUGGCUCCGUUGCCGCGGAGACAACGGAAGAG